ACACACACACACAUAUAUAUAUAUAUAUAUACAUAAACAUACAUAUCUGUACUAAAACAGCUUCUGCUAUCUGACACUUUGCAACACCAAUAUGGCGUUACCCAACGAUGGCAGCUUCCUGGCCAUGUUUCAGAAGAACGCCUCAAAAUCUCUUGUUCCGGAGAAGACAUCGCAACGAGCACAAAUGGCACCACUCUCUCACACACAAGCACACUCCAAACCACAUACUUCCCAGACGCAUACGCACAUACCAGCAGCGCAGAUACAACAACAGAUGGGAAGUAUGGCAAAUAUAGUAGUUGCAAGUGGUGAAUCUCAAGCAACUGCAGAAUAUGCGGAUACGGCAAAAGUAGCGGGAACGGAUUGGCCGGUAGUAAACAGUCAGUAUCACGACCCAUUCCAACCAGCGAAACCUCCUACGGACCCCAAAACACUAGCACUGAUCGAGUCGUCAGUCAGGGAUAUUGUCAGUCAUGAGACCAACAUUGUGAAACUACGAAAUGAGCAUGAAGGGGAUGAGGCAUACGGGUUUCUCAACACGGAGAGUCAAUACUACAAUUACUUUAUUGAGAGGAUCGAGAUUCAUAGCCAGGCAGACUACACCGCCAACGCCCUGCCCGUUGCCAGCAGCAUCAGCGGAGAGUCAAGUACAAACAAUGGGAAUACCCAAGGGAGUCACAAGAGUGAUAGUGCUCAGGGAGCGACAGGGGUACUCAAGAAUGCCGACGGCACGCGAAGGAAACGGAAGAGCAGAUGGGGAGAUGCACCUGCCAGUACACCGAAUCAAAAUCAUCACCGUACACAGAUACAGUCGCAGCCACAAAACCCCACACAGCCACAGCCACACACGAAGAAGGCUUAUGGCGGGGGACAUGCUAAUAGCAGUGCCGACUUCGGAGGGUCAUAUAACGAGAGCCAGGAAGAGAAAAACUUCAGACAUGCAUCCUGGAUUCACCAGCAGAGGGCGCGAGAAAUGCAGGAAACAGCAGAGCGUGCUAAACAGCUGACGGAAGCGAGGAAAAGCGGGUCCAAGCACAUGGCGGACUACUUACCGAAAGGUGAACUUGAAAAGUUCAUGCGUAAAGCAGAGGCCAUUCGAACUGGCAAUACAGACUACGAUGACAGUGAGUACCAAGAGCACAAGAUAGGGGAGGACAAUGUCGGAUAUCAUAUGGUCGAACAAGGCGGCUGGGAGGAAGGCCUGGGAUUAGGUGCAGCAAAUCAGGGUAUAAAAGUCCCCGUGAAGCGUGCAGCGGUCACCGGCGGCAUGGGAUUGGGCUCGGGAAAAGUGGGCGAGGUGUGUUGUUGUAUGGUGUCAGCUUUUGUAGAUGACUUCACUGUGCUUGUCAUUUGGUCUCCUGACGAGGUUGUACUGAUGAAUGACCUGACACAGUGA